GCGCCGCUUCCUUUUCCGGCGUGGCCCGGCCCGUCAUGGCGGCGCCCUGCGAGGCGCGGGAGCGGCGGCCUUUCGGGAGGCGGCUCCUCACCGACCCCGCCCGGCUUUUCCAGCACAACGCCUGGGAUAAUGUGGAGUGGUCAGAAGAGCAGGAAGCCAGUGCCAGGAGUAAAGUUCAAGAGAACAGCUCACAGCUAUUGCCGCAAGAUAAACAAGAGGAAUACGAGGUGAAUGCUAAGAAAUACUGGGAUGACUUCUAUAAAAUCCAUGAAAAUGGCUUCUUCAAGGACAGGCACUGGCUGUUCACUGAGUUUCCUGAGCUGGCACCUAACAGGAGCUCAAGCCAAAAUGGAGAUUCUGGGAGUGGAUUUAGUAACACAGGAGAAUCCAACAAUGCAGGGCUGGGAAGCUGUGAAAAUGGCCAUUGCUCAUUGGAAACCAGGGCAGAGAGUCAGUUAAACCUGAUAAAAAGCCCGCCUGGGGGCCACACGGAAGAGUUGGCUGCACAGAAAGACAGUGAGCUGAGUCAGAGUGGUGGGGAUUACCCAGGAUUAGCUGCAUCUUACCGUAUAUUAGAGGUUGGCUGUGGGGCUGGGAAUACAGUCUUCCCAAUUUUACAAACCAACAAUGACCCAGGCCUGUUUGUUUAUUGCUGUGAUUUUUCUGCAACAGCUGUGCAUCUUGUCCAGAACAAUGCAGAAUAUGAUGCUUCUCGCUGCUUUGCAUUUGUCCAUGACCUGUGCAAUGACCAAAGUCCCUUCCCAAUGCCAGAAGAGAGUCUUGACAUUGUUAUUCUUAUCUUUGUCCUCUCAGCAAUUCUCCCAGAGAAGAUGCAGUGCAUUGUGACCAGACUGAGUCGUCUUCUGAAACCAGGGGGAAUGAUCUUGUUACGAGAUUAUGGUCGUUAUGAUCUCGCCCAGCUUCGAUUUAAGAAAGGUCAAUGUCUGUCUGAUAACUUCUAUGUGAGAGGUGAUGGCACUAGAGUCUACUUCUUCACACAAGAUGAAUUAGAUCAUCUGUUCACCACAGCUGGACUGGAGAAAAUCCAGAAUCUGGUUGAUCGGCGAUUGCAAGUGAACCGUGGGAAACAGAUGACGAUGUAUCGGGUGUGGAUCCAGUGCAAGUACUGCAAACCCACUACCCUUCAGCCAUGAGGCAUGUGGACUUCGGGCUGGAGCCUCUUCAUCUCCUCCUGGUGACAUUUGUGUGAUGCAUUUCUGCACAACCAGGACCUCAGUGCCUUGUACCAUGCCUGGCAUCACUUCAAGUGAGUUUUGCUAAGGAUGAAUGCCCUGAGAGUAGAGCAAGCUGUAUUUUAGAUAUCAUAGAAUCACAGAAUAUACUGAGUUGGGAAGGACCCAUGAAGAUCAAGUCCAACUCCUGGCCCUGCACAGGACACAAUCCCACCCCGUGCCUGAAAGCAUUGUCUAAACACUCCUUGAAUUCUGCAAGUCUUGGGGCCGUGACCAUUCCGCAAAGAGCCUGUUCAGUCCCCAACCACCCUUUGUGGGAAGAGCCUUUUCCUGAUUUCCAGCCUAGCCAUCCCUGGACACAGCUCCAGACAUUUCCUCAAGUCCUAUCCCUGGUCAGGAGGGUGAAGAGAUUGGUUCCUGCCCCUCUGCUGUCCCUCAGGAGGAUGUUGAAGAUCCCAGUGAGGUCUGACCUCAGUCUCCUCCAGCUGAACAGACCAAGUGCCCUCAGCCACUGCUCAUAUGGCUUCCUCUCAAGGCUCUUCACAAUUCUCAUAGCCCUUCUCUAGUGGCUUUAAUGUGUUUUUUUAUAUUGUGAUGCCCAAAACUGCCCCUAGCACUUGAGGUGAGGUUGUCCCAAAACAGAGCAGGACAAUCCCCUGCCUGACCAGGAAUGCUUUACCUAAUGCCCUCAGAACACAGAUGUCCCUCCUGGUUGCCAGAGCACUACUGACUCAUGUUCAACUUGCCAUGGACCAGGACUCCUGAGCCCCUUCCUGCAGCUGCUCUCCAGCCUUAUUCCCCAGUCCAUCCACACAUCCAGGGUUGCCCCUUCCCACAUGCAGAAUCCAGCACUUUUCCUUGUUGAACUUCCCAUGGUUGGUGAUUGCCCACUUCUCUAAUUAGUCAAGGUCUCUCUGAAGGCCCUAUCUGCCCCUGAGAGACUUGACAGCUCCUCCCAGUUUAGUGCAGACAGCAAACUUAGUAUUCCUUCAAGUCCUGCAUCCAGGUCAUUAAUGUGGAUGUUGAAGAGCACAGUCUUGAAGGGAGCCCUGCAAAUGUCAUGCUACUGGUCUGAGUUUUAAAAAAAAAAAAUUGUGGUUUUAACAUAAGAGAUGGUCAUGGUGUCUUACAGCAGCUGAGCAAGUUGAGUAGCAACUUGCUCAUACUCUGGAUUUCCACAUGAAACAGGAGAGCUCUGACCUCUGUCUUGUAUGCUCGUCUCUUGUCUGAACAAACACACAAAGGAUAAAUCUGCUCUUCUCUGCAGCUGCUCACUCACGUGAAUCCCUUGGCCAGCUUAUCUCGUGCAGCUAUUUCCUAGCCAUUCAGGUGUGUGCCAGUCCAUGAGUUAAAAUACAUUGAUCUAAGGGCAGGAACUGAGACUGAGUCUCUCUGUACCAGCUUUCCCUGGAUGCCUCAAGGUGUGGAGAUAACCUGUGGAGAAAGCAAAGGAUGCUGCUCUGCCCUCACUGUCCACAGGGAUGUCCACCCAGGGAGCCAGCACACAAUAGCUCAGGUGCUAUAAAUUCCUCUCAGGCAUAGUUCAGGUUUUCAAACAUUUAGUGCUGAUGCAAGUUUUGGGGCACCUUCAGAGUGCAGCAGAUCAGAAGUAGAUAACAGGACCAGGCUUUAUAAAUAAUUGCCUGCUUUUUCUACUGGCUGCAGGUCCUGGGUAACAAACUGCCCUGUCAUGGUGAUGUGCUUAACCCAAGCAGAUGAAUACUUCCUUUGAUCUGAAAUCUGCAGGAUGUUUAAUUUUUGCACUCUGAUUUAAUUUCUUAGAGGAAGCAAACACUGGGUUUCAGAAGGUAUAUCUGUGUCUUUGACAGCAAAUACCUUUUAUCUCAGCUUGUUUUCUUCUGUUACUUUUAGGGUGUGGUAUGACAAGUAUUAGAAUAAGUUUCAUGCUUUUCAGUGGGGGUUUGUUUCAUAUAAAUCAGGCUUGCAAAAGCCUCAUGUGCUUGUGUGAGCUUGGGCCACCAUUAGGGAACUACUAUUUUAUUCUCCUGUUUCAAGUCUCACUACUGCCUGCCCUUUAGUUGAGGAAGAAAAAGCCUUGUCUGGUAUUUCUUGCAUUAUUUUAGUUUAUGAAGCAUCAAGAUGUGUUGUGUGUGUCAUGCUGGCUGAAGUGCAAUUCCCCUGUAUUUUGUUAGCCAGACACUCACUGGAGUUUGACAUUGUCACCUCUAGAGCCACAUAGGUUAUGAAAUAACUGCUGUCUUGAACUAGAGGAGUGAGGGUGUGCUAGUUUGAAAGCAAACCAAUGGGAGAUCCCAGGUCAGAUUUACAAUUUAGCAGGAAAAUUAAAGGCAGAAAACACUGGCUUAAUCUGACACCCUGCUGGUCAGGGUGGUGGUAGCAGUUCGUUUAAACUGCAGUCCUCUUGAAGUGAUAGAUGUGGUUCUGUUGAAGCAGUGAUCCUAUAGAAGGGUCUUGUCUUCCUCUGAAGGUUCCGUGGUGGUUAUGAAGCUCUUGUCCUCUGGCAGUCCAGUAGGUAAGGGCUGACUGUGGCGUUCCAAACUUCAGAUUAUAUCCAGGCAGGAAUGCUUGGUUCCUCCCCCUGGGCGGAGCAUUUCACAAUGGGAUGAUGUCAUUUUAUGAGUCAUGCAGUCAGGCCUUGAUGGCUCACUAGCAGAGAGAUAUCCCCUAGAGGGAGUUAUUAGGAAUGUCAUGGAAGAUAGAAAGAACACUGUCCCACCUGGUUUUAACUGCUUAUAAAGAUGGUGAUAGAAUAAAUGCUUUUGGUUGCAUCCUACACUGUAACCCAAGACAAGGGGUAAAAAGCUGAGGAAAUAUCACUGCUGGUUUUGGAAAGCCUGCAGGAGCCUUGGAGAGAUGGACCAGGAACACCCUGAUUUGGGAAACCUUGGAAGGGACUGGGCAGUACUUCCUACUGGGCAUGAUGAAUUCCUAACUUCUGUGUCACUGUGUCAUCCUGCAGGUAUUGCUUUGUCUGCUACCUGAAGGCUUCUGGGUCAGGGCAUUUCAGCCCUCUUUGGGAAAGGUAACCCAGGGAAUCCAUUCAGUCUGCACAGGCUGCAGUGCAGGGGCAGUGGAAAUGUGCCACUGCUUUUUUGUAUAUCUCUUUCUUUUAAAUAAUGUUGAAUCAAAUCAAAUUAUUUUGGGGGGGGCAGAACGGGAAUCAAAUAACUGGAAAGAGAAUUCUUGUUGUUUGUAGUGUAUUUUCUAAAGGGCCAAGAACCUUUCCAGCAUCUAAAAAUGUAACAGGAGGAGGUAAAACUUGUCUCUUCUGAGGAACAUUUGGCUUCUGCUGAGCACAAGUCCGACCCACCCCAGAAGUUCUGCAGUUGCUGCUGUGUUUUCAUACUAAACCUACAAAAUCUGUUUUCCUGGCAGGGCUGAGGAAGCUCUAGGUAAACCACAGCUGAAGUCCUCUGGUAGCAGGUGAGCAAGCUGAAGUCUUCCCAGCCUCUCCAGGAAUCAGGCAAAAAGCCCUGUGAGCACUGGACUGCACAUGACUCAUGUAACCACCUCAGUGACAGACCUCCUGUGUGUUACUGGGGCCUCAGGCAGGUCCCUGGGGUCCAUUCCCUCUUAGUUCUUGAAGGAAAACCUCCUCCCAGGAUAGGUUCAUCUCCCUGCAAGAAAUAUUAUUGGGGUACACAAUCAGCAUAAUCAGUGUAAAUUACAGUAAUUUGAAAAAUGCCUUUUUAAUUAUCCAAAGUCUUGUAAGCAGUGCAGGAAAAUAUGUUUUUAAUUAUAAACAUGAUUUGUGUAAAGUU